GGUGUCAUGUGCAUGCUGACUUCCGCACAAAGGGUCAUCAUGUAAGAAGAGAGAUGAAGUUUUCUUGAGCAUUACUCGCAGAGAAAGAGAAACCUUUUCAUCAUGAAUUAUCUUCACAGCUGGUUCAUUGCAUCCUGGGUUCUCUGUUAUCUCACAAUUUCAAACUGCAGCGACGUCACCGUACAGAGUUUCGAGGGGGAUCGUGUCAUUUUGCCAUGCAAAUAUGACAGCAAAUAUCAUGGAAAGUGUCACAUAUGCUGGAUGAAAGGAGACAUUCCCACUAUGGGUUGUGGUAAUGAAAUUAUCGGAAGUGAUGGAGAUAAAGUUGUGAGGAAAAUAUCAUCCAGAUACCAGCUGGCGGGAGAAAUACAACAUGGAGAUGUGUCUCUGACCAUCUUAAACAUUACGAAAUCAGACUCUGGCAAAUAUGGAUGCCGCAUACAUGUACCUGGACCGUUUAAUGAUAAGAUGUAUUACGUCCACUUGAUUUUUAAUGACGUAGUAAAAACGACCACAACACAAGAGAGUACUUCAUUCAUCUCUUCAACAAAUCCUCCAGAGAACAGCACUUUUGGACUGUGGCUCUCCGACACAACAUAUGAAACCUCGCUUGAUCACCAUGAAUCGUCCUCCAUAGAUAAAAAAGAUAGUGUAAAUACAUCAGCGGUGAUUGUGCCUGUCAUCCUGUUACUGCUGGUUUUGAUAAUCAUUGCUGUAAUUUUAAUAUUGAAGCAAAAGAAGAAAACCAGAGCUGCGGUCGACAUAACCCAGAACUCAGAUAACUCUGUCAUCUACAGUAACUCCGGCAGCAGUUUGGGCCUGUACAACAGAGAGAUGGCUGUGGAAAACAUCUAUCAUAUACAACCUGAAAAUGAAUAUGAACAGUGGAAUUAAUUCACAUGUACUAUUUAACUUUAAGUUGAUCAGUGUGGACUUCUUGUCUUCUUUUGUAUUUACACUGUGUUUAUAAUAAUGUGACAGCUAUUACUGAUCAGAGAAAUUAUUGCUCUGACUAACCUCAUUCUGAUGUCUAGCGGCUAACAUACUGCAACAUUUUAUCAUUAUUAAAACUAAUCUAAGUUA